AUGCGAGACAAGGUUAAGAAGGAAAAGCCGCGUGGGUUCAGUGCACGGUGCUCAGGCUGUGCCGGGGCUGCCGGAGGGUCCCUGCCCCUCCCCGAGCCCCCCGAGCUGGGGGUCCCACCCCACGCUCCCGCACAGAGUGGGGAGCGGGAGCCCUCCCGGCAUGCAGCCAGCCAACGCAGUGCUCGCAACGAUAAUAAUGUUAAUAAAGGCGAUGGGAUGGUCAGGGGGAGAGCUUGCCGGUUGCAGCAGUUAAUUGAAAAGUACAGAGGAAAAUUCAUCCGGCGACGGCUCCGGCCCCGGCCCCGCAGCAGAGCCCUGCGCGCCUGCUCCGCUCCGCUCCCCCCAACAGCUGCCCAGGUUGUGAGCCCUCUCAAUCAAGUGAGGAGGGAAAAAAAUGAUUUUACAUGGGGCCCUGAGCAACAAGGAGCCUUUGAACAAACUAAACAGGAAAUUGUCCAGGCCUUAGCCCUUGGGCCAGUUCGGCAGGACAAGAUGUUAGAAAUGUGCUCGACACCGCAGGCGGGGAAUGGCCCUACCUGGAGGUUCUGGCAGAGAGCACCCGGGGAGACCCGGGGGCUGACCCCCGGGCUUUUGGAGUCAGGGAUACAGAGGAUCCGAGCCCCACUGAAAAGGAGAUAUCAGCAGCGUAUGCGGGGGUUCGAGCUGCUUCAGAGGUGGCUGGUACGGAAGCAGAGCUCCUCCUGGCACCCCCAGGGCCGGCGCUGGGCUGGAUGGUCAGAGGGAGGGUCCCCCCAACACCCCGUGGAGCUGGUGCCCUUACUGGGCAGCUGUUGCCUCCCUCGGUGUUCAGUGCUCGAUCUCAGGCCGUCUCUCUCCCCGACCAGGACUUUCUCCUGCCUGUGGAGACUCCAGCAUCUGCUCCCUGGUACCGGGGGGCUUUGGUCACCCCAGCACCCAGGGGAUGGGGUCCCCGAGGGGAGCAGCCUCUGGAGCAGCACUCACCAGCCAGGCUCUAUUUAA